AGAAGGACAAGAAGAAGAAGAAGAAGGAGAAGAAGGAGAUAGUGGGAAACAGGAAAACAACAUGUCACCCUCAAAGCAGCAUCACCAUCAUCAUCAUCAGAAGAACAAGAAUCUAUCCUCAUCUGCAAACUCAACCACUUCCAACUCAACCUCAACCUCAUCCUCACCAACAAAGAAUCCAACACCCAAAAAAACAGGAACAGCAGAAGCAACAGCACCAACCACAACAACAACCACCUCACCAACAACCGCAACGACCAACAGCAGCAAUAAUAACAGUCAACAACAACAACCCUCAACUCUCACUUCUGCUUCAAAAUUAUCUACUCAGCAACCGCAACAACAACAACAACAAUCUAGCCCAUCUCCUCUAUCCCCCUCACUCCCAGCUCAGAAUAACACUCCCUGGUCAACUUCUAACUCUGCCUCUAUCAACCUACCACAUCCGAACCAUACCGCCCCAUCGACCUCCUCCAGCUCUCCGACCAACAACCCACACAACUCAUACUCCACCAGCAGUACCAAGAGCCACCAUCACCACAACCACCACAGCCAUCACCACCACCACCAGCAUCAUUCCGGACCCCAUCGGGAGCCUCGCCCGUCCAACUCCAAUCGACGGGCAUCAUCAAAUACAACAACCACAACCACCCCAACGACGACUACCGCACUCAGGCAUCAACAUCAGCAGGCCCAAGCUCGUGCCCAUGCUCAAGUUCAAGCCCAACUCCAGGCCGUCCAGGCUCAUCAACUCUCUUACUACCAGCAACACAUGGCCGAUCUGGCGACCUACAUCACCCAAGUCUUCCUCCCAUCUGUCCUCCCUACACCCGAAGAAUAUCAGAUCAAGGAGCAGACUCGUCAAUACCUAGAAACCCUGGCUGAUAGGAUUUCAAAGGGUGCCAGAUUACUUCCGUUCGGCUCAAUAGCUUCUGGCUUGGCCUUACGUAAUUCGGACAUGGACCUAUGUUAUUUGGCCGAGCCAGGAAAUAAGAUCGACAACAAGUCAGAAAAAGAAGGAUCUGGUGAUCCUAAUACUACCGAGAGUAGUAGUAGUAGUAGUCUUGAUACUAAAGAAACCGACGUAAAGCCAACGCCUUCUUCAACACCCCCAACCGAUGACGGAUCCUCCUCUGUUCCUCCCGUCACCUCAAAUCAGAAAACUGACCUGCCGGAAGAAGAAGAUAAAGAGCAGAAACCUAAACCCACUCCAGCCGAGAUGGUGAUGAUUCUUGGGAAACUGAUUCAAGAAGAAACUGCGUUCACGGUCAAGAUGCUUCCGAAAGCUCGGAUUCCGAUCAUCAAACUCUCUCUACCUCCCUCUUUAGGUCAACCGUUUGGAUUAUCUUGUGAUAUCGGAUUUGAAAACCGUUUGGCUCUUGAAAAUACUAGACUCUUACUCACCUACGCCAUGGUUGAUCCGCGGAUGCGGACCAUGGUCUUAUUUCUCAAAGUCUGGUCCAAGCGGCGGCGAAUCAAUGAUCCAUACUUGGGAACCCUAAGUUCUUAUGGAUACGUUUUGAUGGUCAUCUAUUACCUCGUCAACGGCCGGAAAGCGCCUGUGUUACCAAACCUGCAGCAGCUUCCUCCGCCAAGAGUAACGCCACCAGAGGAUACAGUUUAUGAAGGACACGACAUCUACUUUUUUGACGAUCUGGAUGCCUUACCCCGCUUCUGGGUGGGAAUGAAUCGGGAAAAUGUCGGCGAACUCUUGAUCGAGUUUUUCCGUUUCUUCUCCAGCUCGUUUCGGUACACUCAUGAUGUCAUCAGCGUGCGCACGCCGGGAGGCUUGUUGAGCAAAGAAUCGAAAGGCUGGAUGCACGAUAUCAUCGAGGAAAGUAAAGAUGGCCGCGGCGGGUUCUUGAAGAUCGAUCUGAAUCGGUUGUGCAUCGAAGACCCUUUCCAAACAAAUUAUAACGUCGCGCGUACCGUUACACGGGAUGGAUUGUUCACUAUCCGAGGAGAAUUCAUGCGAGCUGUGAGGGUCUUGUCCACUCGGACUGAUCGGCUCGAUGUCAUGAUCAGGGAGCUUUGCGAAGAGAGGCAAGAAGGUGUCUUGAUGGCCCCUCCUUCCAGCUCAGGACGACGAAAAUCUGCGCCCAACCCCAAGGCUUCCCUUAACAUGAGCGUUUCUGGUAGCACCACUCGCGAAGAAGAAGAAGAGGAAGAUGACCUAGAAGAGCAAUUACUACUUCAACAGCAACAACAGGCGCUCUUGAGCGCUGAGCAUCAACCCUCGUACCCACCCCUCACAACCAGGCUGAUGCAAGACCAUAUCUACAGCCAAGCUACCUCAUCGAUGGACGCUCGACCUCGCUACCCGCCUGAAAGUAUUGCCUCAGAGCCACCACCACUGGAUCGUGAUCUAGACUGGAAUCAUGAGUCCAUCAGUGGCUAUCUGUCGAACGAAAUUCAACAAUUGCAACUCCAACAGCAACAACUACAACAGCCGCCUUCCAAUAACCCCCAAUCUUUGUCUCACCCUGCUCCUCAUGUCUCAGACACAUUCAAGCCUUCCAAAUCAACCACUUCAGCUGCACCAGCUGGCGCACAACAUUACUUUCAUCGGUUUUUUCAAACAUCCGGAACUGAGAAUUGGAAUCCUCAGGCAUCUACCUCAAACUCUCUGCAUCAAUCCAGCAUGACCUCCUCGCCCGCGUUCUUGUAUGACUCCGAAUCACUUGACCCAGGUCUGCCACUCAGUCCGACCUCAAUACCUAAGCAUUCCUCUGGGGGUCGCCGUCAAAAAGCUGCUGCAUCUGAUAUGAACCGAGACGAUAUUGGGUCAAACUCCCGUGGCUUACAUGCUUCAACAUCAUCGAGCAGCAAAUCACGUUACAAUAGCCAGGCAAUCAACAGCGGGCGUCCACCAAGAAGUAUGUCACAUAGCACUAUGAAUCCUCGAAGACGGAGUGAACAGCCUCAGUCGUCGCAUCAAUCUCUACUCAAUUCAACAGGCCCUCCAAUCAUCAUGUCUUCUAAUGGCCGGAUGCCAGAUUUCUCCCUGUUACCACUCCCAGGCCCAAUCAGGUUUGGGAAUUUCGGAACAACAGAGAGACUACCAAAACAGAAGUUCGACAACCCGCAACGGGUUUUGGGACGGUCUGUUCCGUCUGGUUAUUACCAUCAGACCAACGGCUAUCCUUCCACAUCAUUCCAACAGCAAGAUUUGAGUAGUCAUCAGAUGAUGUCUUUGCCUCAGGAUAUGAUCUCAUCGCAGCGUCCAGAUGGAACCUCUGAAGACCAGCCAGCGUCCCAACGGGCGUAUCAAACUUCCUGGCAAAGUCAUGAUCCGCAGCGGGAGGGCAUGUUUUUGGCGGCUGUCAAUGAAUCUGCCAGAAAGCGCUCAUUAUCAAAUGGAGCAACUUCCACCCAUUCAUCGACCAUAUCAUUUGAUCAGCUAUCCAAGCCGCGUUCCAGCCUGUUAGAGAAUGAGGAAGAGAAUCGACCAGGCGUUGAGACGCCGCGGGCGAGGUCGAGUCAUUCGCCUACGUGCGUGGGUGGUCAAUCGACGCGGAUGAGGGAGUCGUCUGAACACAGUCGGAAUCGCGAUACUUCGACACCCUCAUUUGCUCGAUGCGUGCCCUCGACCUCAUCGUUGUCUCAACUACCUCGGAAGAUCGUCUUUGGGGAUGUCGAGGUAUCCACUGAAACGGCCAAAGAGGUCCGGGUCAAGGCGCUUGCGGCGGUGCUUCGAACACGGCGGAUGGGAUCGCUGAAUAGUCAUUCGUCGCGCCGAGCUGAAGGCGCUGCCAACGUGCUGUCUUCCGGCUCAACCAACACUGGCAACAACAGUCCUAGGAGCCUCGAAGGGCGGAGCAGAGCUGCGCGAACCGCCUCCGAGUUGUCAACUCAUGCGACCAGUGCCAAGACUGAGCUGAUUCAUUCGAGCCGGUCCAGUAGCGCCCGCAGCAGUCAGCCGAGCCAGAAGGGUCCAUCGAAAGUGUCCACCCCGAUCGAAGGAGACUCUUCCGUGCCUGUGUCUAUCGGCGAGCAGCAAUCAAAGAACGUUGGGUCUGUUGGCCGUUCGACGCCUGUUGAGGCUCAGGAUCGCACCGGACUAUCUCAGAGUACCAAUCUUGCCCCGCAGGCUGCCGUAGAUCGCGAGCUCUGUUCACGCAGGAAUAGCAGCGGCAGUGGUAGCAGUCGGAGUGCUAACCACAGCAAAGAUCGACAGAAGCGAUCGCCUAGAACACUUCCAUCCUCCGAGGACCGUCCGGAUACUGUCCUUCCCAGUCCCCCCGUCCGACUCGUCGACAGCGACUUUCCCCCACUGAAUGAUCAAGGACCCAAAGUCCGCACGUCAACCCUGCCGGCAGGCUCCGGCUUAUCUGGCCUUUAUUCGGGCUCCCCUCCUCCUCCUUCUUCCUCGGUUUCUACUGAUCCUGUUCUUCCUCAACUCGAUCAUCCUGUCCUUUAGUUCCUCUUUAACGCUUUAUCUCUCUCUCUUUCUCUAUUUCUCUCUUAGUCUAGAUAUCUCUCUUUCUCAAUCUAUCUAUCUCUCUAGAUAUCUUGUGCUUUGAUCUUCCUGUCUUCUUCUAGAUCUUCUUUGUUUGUUUGUUUUGUUGUUGCUGUUCCUGUUCCUCCUCAGUUCCUUUGGUCUUCUCACUAGGAUUUUUUUUUUUUUUCAUAAUAAUUUUACUUUUUUUCUUCUCUCUCUAUUUCUUUUAUUUUGUCACACCUUUUUUAUCUUCCUUUUUUAUCUUUUCUUUUUCUUUUUUUUAACAAAAAAAAUCUAAAUAAAACAUCAACAACAAAAUCAUAAUAUAUAUACAUAUAUUCAUAUAUAUGCAUAUGAUUUCUUUUCCUUUAUACACUGAACAUAACUAAGAAUCAAUGUCUGUCAUGUAUAAAAUAUUACAUGUCUAUCCAUACACACAUAGAUAUACACCUGCAUGCAGCUUUUGCAGCCUUUUUUUUGGCUUGCCAUUUCCUUUUUCUUUUUUUUCCCUUGUCUGCUGCGUGGCUAAUCUACAAGCCUCACCCCA